UAAAGCUGCGAUAGUGCACCGGGCCAGCCUGUAACCCCCGUACUGUGCCGCGGAGCAGUUUACGUGCUUGCUUCCCCCUGCAUGCUGCGAAGAUCGCCACUUCCUGCCGCUAAGUGCGGCAGUGCUCGGAGUUUCUUCCAGUCUCUCCAUCCUGUAAACAGCUACGCCAGGCUCGGCCGACCGUGCUUUCCUGUCCGAUUGAGCUCCCCCGAUGCCGCCUGGCGGCGUGAGUCCAGCAGAGCCACGGCCGGGGUUCGCUGCGUGUCACCGCCCGUUUCCUUCCUGUCCAGCUUAGCUAGCUUGUCCGACACGGCGCUCGACUGUCUGAUUUUUUUAUAUCAUCAUAAGUUUCUCGCUAAUUUAAUGUCAGCGAUUGCUUGGCAUAGUCAUCCCGUACGUGGGCACUGACCUGGUAGUUAAAACAGCGUAUUCCCAGGAAGGGCUUGGAGCGGACUUAUCGACAGGGCUGUGCCAGAUUUCAUUUAUCUUCGCGGUCCUGAGCGUGAGAUUCUCAGGGUAGUUCCCACCGCCAGAGGCCCGGCACUGGGAACACUGGGAACAGAGGCCCGGCACACCAGCUCUGGGUUACCAUGGACGACCGCUCCUCCCUCGGCAAAGUGAGCGGCUCCACAGAAUCCGUGUCGACCGUCACCAGCGAGGAGUUCGUGCUGGUCCAGCCAAGUGCGGGAGGGUCGCCUUCCUGCUCCGAGGCCAAACCCAGACUCAAGACGGCCUGGAACGGGAGCGAGCAGCUGCAGAGGGCGAUGGAGGAGGUGCUGGAGGACGAGGGGAGAGACGAAGAGAGGCCCGCGGGAGAGCGAGAAGAUACAGGAACUCCAGCUUGUAAUAGACAAACCAUCCCCCAUAAUGUCCUGCUAGAUGCAGCAACAGCAGAUGGUGAGUGUCCCCCCUUGCUGGAGGAGGACGGCGUGCAGUUUAACAAGCUCUCCUACCUGGGCUGCACCUGGGUGAAGGCCCCACGCAACGAGGCAGAGGCUCAGAGGGCCAUGGCCACGCUAAAGGCGGAGAGUGCUGGUCCGGUCCCCGUCACCCUCUAUGUCCCCAACGUCCCCGACGGCUCCGUUCGGGUCGUGGACCAGGUGACUGGCACGGAGAUCACCGCCCUGCCCAUCUACAAAGUGCUGUUUUGCGCACGUGGCCAGGAGGGGACGCCAGAGAGCGACUGCUUCUGCUUCACGGAGAGCUACCGCAGCAGCGAGGACUUCCAGAUCCACGUCUUCUCUUGCCACAUCAAGGAGGCUGUCUGCCGUAUCUUGUACAGCUUCUCCACGGCCUUCCGGCGCUCCUGUAAACCUGCCCCAGAUGUGAGAGACUCCACCCCACCCCUCUCCCCAGACGGCGACACCUUUACUUUCGUGGUAUCGCUGGAGGUGCGUGAGGAUGACGGCAAAGGCAACUACAGCCCCGUCCCAAAGGACCGCGAGAAGUUCUACUUCAAGUUACGGCAAGGUGUGCAGAAGAAGGUGGUAGUCACCGUCCAGCAGCUGAGCAACAAGGAACUGGGCAUCGAGAGGUGCUUUGGAAUGCUACUCAGUCCAGGCCAGAAGGUCCGGAACAGCGACAUGCAUCUCUUAGACAUGGAGUCAAUGGGGAAGAGCCUGGAUGGGAAAGCCUACGUGAUCACAGGCACCUGGAGUCCGAACGCCCCCACGUUCCAGGCGCUGAACGAGGACAUGCCUAAAGACAAACAGGUAUACAUGACAGUGGCGGUGGACCUCGUGGUGACAGAGGUGGUAGAGCCGGUCCGUUUCCUGAUGGAGACGCUGGUGAGGGUCUAUCCGGCCAACGAGAGGUUCUGGUACUUCAGCCGGAAGGCCUUCACUGAAACCUUCUACCUCAAGCUGAGACAGAGCAGCCAGAAGGGCAGCCAGGGAGAUGCCAUUUUCGAGGUGGUGAGCCUGCAGAGAGAGACGGAAAGGGCAAAUGGGACGCAGGACCGGCUGCGGUCCACUGGCGAGGAAGAGGAGCAGGAGGAAGACAGCGACAAUGAGAUCUCUAGUGGCACCGGUGACGUUUCCAAGGAUUGUCCAGAGAAGAUCCUGGAGUCUUGGGGUGGGAUCCUCAACAGAUGGCACGGCAACCUGGCGGCGCGCCCCAAGGGCCUGAGCCCCCUCGUCCGAACGGGCAUCCCCGAGGCUCUGCGUGCCGAGGUCUGGCAGCUCCUCUCCGGCUGCCAGAACGACCCAGAACUGCUGGAGCGUUACCGCGUGCUCAUCACCAAGGACUCCCUGCAGGAGGGUGUGAUCACACGCGAUGUACAUCGUACCUUCCCAGCCCACGACUACUUCAAGGACUCAGACGGUGACGGCCAGGACUCCCUGUACAAGAUCUGCAAGGCCUACUCUGUCUAUGACGAGGAGAUUGGAUACUGCCAGGGUCAGUCCUUCCUGGCAGCUGUGCUGCUGCUGCACAUGCCAGAGGAGCAGGCCUUCUGCAUUCUGGUGAAGGUCAUGUUUGAGUACGGCCUCCGGGACCUGUACAAGAACAACUUUGAGGAUCUCCACUGUAAGUUCUACCAGCUGGAGAGGCUGCUGCAGGAGCAGCUUCCAGAUCUGUGGUCCCACUUCCAGGAGCUGAACCUGGAGGCUCACAUGUAUGCCUCACAGUGGUUCCUCACCCUUUUCACAGCCAAGUUCCCCCUCUGCAUGGUCUUCCACAUCACCGACCUGCUGCUCUGUGAGGGUUUAAACAUCAUCUUUAAUGUUGCCUUGGCUCUUCUGAAGACGUCCAAAGAAGACUUGCUCCAGGCGGAUUUCGAGGGCGCCCUGAAGUUCUUCCGGGUGCAGCUGCCCAAGAGGUACCGAGCCGCGGAGGAUGCCCGCAGACUCAUGGAGCAGGCCUGCAAUAUCAAGGUGCCCACAAAGAAACUGAAGAAGUUUGAGAAGGAGUACCAGUCCUUGCGGGAGACCCAGUUGCAGCAGGAGGACCCCAUUGACAGGUAUCAGAGGGAGAACCGGAGGCUACAAGAGGCCAGUAUGCGUCUGGAGCAGGAGAACGACGACCUUGCCCACGAGCUCGUCACCAGCAAGAUAGCACUGAGGAACGACCUGGACCAGGCGGAGGACAAGGCCGACGUCCUGAACAAGGAGCUGCUGAACACAAAGCAGCGUCUGGUGGAGACUGAGGACCAGAAGAAGAAGCAUGAAGAAGAGACCGCACAGCUGAAAGAGGUGUUCAGAAGGGAACUAGAGAAGGCUGAGUCUGAGAUUAAGAAGACGACGGCCAUCAUCGCGGAGUACAAGCAGAUCUGUUCCCAGCUGAGUACCAGGCUUGAGAAGCAGCAGGCCGUGACCAAAGAGGAGCUGGACGUUGUUAAGAGCAAAGUGAUGGCGUGUGAACGGUGCCGGGAGGUCUUCAGCAAGGAGGGGCCACUGCAGGUGCCGGCGGUGAGCAAGGACAACCGGGACUCAGACCUGGACGAGGAGAAGGACUCGCUUAAGGCCCAGCUGAGAGAGAUGGAGCUGGAGCUAGCCCAGACCAAGCUGCAGCUGGUGGAGGCCAAGUGCAGGAUCCAGGAGCUGGAACACCAGAGAGGGGUGCUGAUGAACGAGAUUCAGGCCGCCAAAAAUUCCUGGUUCAGCAAGACCCUCGGUUCCCUCAAAACGUCCACAAGCAACCAGCUGCCCCCCUCUCCCAAGGAGGGGCUGUAAGCCUGCUUGCCUUUUGGCCCGAGUGAGCACAAGGGAGGAGACAGAGAGCGGAGAGUGGGACACUGGAGGAGUGGGGUAACAGAAAAGGAACGGGAGAAAACAAGAGCACAGGGUGGGAAUGCAGUAUUCCCUUUCAGGGAGCGAGACCCUGCGAUAUGGACACGUAAAUAGCUUGUCACCCCCAGAUGGAGAUCUUGGAUGACAGACCAGCAGUGGGAGGUGGGGGCAGUGUUGCCACAUAAGAAAUGCUUCAGGAAUUCAAAGAGAACCUCUGGCAUUUUAAAGGGUAGAUGUGAUGGUUUAACAUCCGUUACGUAGAUCUGAUAAACGCUUGAGAAUUUGUUCCAGGUUGCGGUAAAAAUCUUUCACCAAGAAAUUGGUUUGGUUCAGUUUUACUUGGCAAAGUCCCAUGUUCAGUGUGUGUUUACCAUCGCCAGCCCAUAAAGAAAUGGCCCAUUUCCUUUCCUUAAUCUAAUGAGAUCCAUAUGGUUUCUGACAUCCCUGUAAUGUAACACCUCUCAGCCACGUAGCUCUUUCACACCAAGCCGUGGCCGGAACCGGAGCUGGUGUCAGUGUUCCGCCAGAGCUGGGCAGGAGCAGACAUCAGCCCCAACAAAAACCGUCUUGCAUUCACACUGCACUUUAUACUGCCGAAAGGGUAGAACGAUGACGCAGUGUGUGCGUGCUGCUGUGGGAGGGGAACUGAUUUGGAAGUGAAGACAAAAAUGGAGGAAGGCAAGGCGCGAUGAAGGCAAGGCUUUUUUUAAUUACUGUAUAUGCUUGCAUUAUUUUUAGCUUUAUUUGUUAUUGUCCUCAACACAGUUCAUUCAAAAUUUCUAAGUGUCAUUUGAGUACAUCUGCCAACGACUAAUUCCUGCACUUCAGCGGUCAAACGCAAACUACCAUUUGAGUGUUCCCAUUAAAAAGCGGUCCGCAAUCGGAGACGCAUUCAUGGAUGAACUGUGAGUCAUGCAUGAUAACAUGCGGGGAUGCGCAAAACUGUAACGCAUGUACGCAUUCACCUUUACAAACGAUACAUGCGGCGAUUGAUUGUUAUAACAGUGCAAAUACGUGCUUCUAAUAUGUGCAUUUGCACUGCUCUGACAAGAAAUUAUCGUGCAUUUUAACCUUGUACGAAUUAGCAUAUGAAGGUUAAAAUGCAUAGUCAUUUCGUUGAAAAUUAACGCAAAUGUACAUUAAAAAAGUACAAGACCCUGAAGGAGCUACUGCGUAAUAUGCAUUAGUGGACUUACUUUUAAAGGGAGAGUGAAGACAAGAAAACAGAACAGUUUGGUGAACUUCAAUUUCACAGGUAUACAAAUAAUCAAGGAACAUGUAAAUCUUUCAUGUGGAAUGAAUAAAUAUAAGUGAUGCUCCUGUCCAUCUGCAUUCUCUUCACCUGUGUUAAAACGACACGACAGGUAAAUCUCACUGAAAUUACUGACAUAUUUGUUUUUACUACACCCAGCACAGUAUUUAUUUAGUUCUCUUUUUGACCUACUGACUCCUCUAAACCCGCUACCUGAUGUCACGUACUCCCAGCUCUGGCCAAGCGGAUAUAUCGGCCCCACACUGCUGUUAUUUAUGGUGUGAAUGCGACGCCCAGAAUUUAGGCUCAGCACGGGCACCGGCCAUGGUGUGAAAGGGCUGACAGUGUGUAGCCUGACCUCUACUGGUUUUCUAUCAAAACUGCAGUUUGACAGAGUCUCCCUCCUAGAUUUCUUCAAGCAACUGGGUGAAGUCUGCACUGGCACAAACAAACAGGAUGAAUUGACUAGCAAAAUAUAUAAACAUUUCAUCUUCACUGCAAGCCAGUGAGGAGCAUUACGUUCAAAGGUUUGUAUAUGUAGAGCUACUUUAUGUGGACAGUGACCAGUGAAGUGGCUCCAUUUUUCGGUUGGCACAUUCUCUUAUCUGCAUUCCCUGCUAAUCAAUGCACUGGAUAUCUAUAGAUAUGACAGGUGACCUUAAGGCAUGUGCAGUGGCAAAAUUCUUGUGUUCAGAAAGGGGAUACUGCAUUCAGAAUUUUUUUUUUUUUUGGUUUCCACAUUGAAAGUUUGAAGGAGCGUUGUGAUGUCAUAUAAUUAUAUAUGUCUAACUGCUAAUCAUUUUUAACCUUGUAUAGUUAAAUAAAAAGGAAUAGUACUUUGUUACUUUUACUACUUUGAAUUUGAAUGCCGUCUUUACAAUCGUACUGUAUAUUGUGUGAAAACCCCCCCGUCUUGUCAAGAGGCCAACACUGCAACAUUCCAGUUCCUUGUGGUUUUGUUGCUGUUUUCGGCUGCUUUCCUGUCCUGUUUUUCCACCAGCCGAGAUGUUGAAGUUCCUUCAGAGUGAAAGAAAGCACCAGGAUGUCCUGGACGUCCCGUAAUCCGUGACCCACGGGGCACAACGCGAACGGGGCGAACUUUCGAGUGGCACUUCGCAGUGACUAAGCUGAAAUGUUUGGACAGUAGCUGUCAUGUGUGUGACAUCACAGCCUUUGUGUUUUUGUGUUCCGGGGGUCUCAGUCCAGUUCGUUUUUUGAUGUUCUUGAUAAUGGUGUUAAAUGGUUGCAAACAAGACUUCUAAGGUUUCCAUGUGGUUGCCAGCCGCGUACGAUUGUGCUGAGCACGGUAGCUAAGGUCACCUGGCGGACAGCCUGCUACAAACUCGUGGAACAUCUUGCAAAUGUGUUCUGGGUAAGAACACUGCCGCGCUUUUGGGUUCAGGGUUUCAUUCUGCAGUUAUUUCUGCAGCCCAGUAUGAACCUUUUAAAUCGGGUGAUUUCCAGUGUACGAUUUUUUUUUUGAUCUGCUUAAUUUAAUCAGAUUUUGUUUCACCCAGUCAUUUUCUGGCAUGUACCUAAUGGACAUUAGCUUCUGUUAGCACAUUCUGUUUAAUAACACUAUAAUUUUUUUUUUUUUAAGCAAAAUGUGAACUUAACAUUAUACUAAGAACAGGCGCCAUAUUUGUUUUUAUUUGUAAAAUAAGCAAACUUCUGCCAAACUAUAAUUCCAACAGUACAAUAAAAUAUAUAUAUACUAA